GUUAAUCGUAUUUAUCUGUUUAGGUUCGAAUUUUACGCUAAGUACUCUUCUCAGCAGCAGUAGUGUUCACCUCAGCUAUUAUCACAAGCAGCAGGAGAAUCUGCAGUUUGGCGUGGAGAUGGAAACUAACUUCCGGCUGCAGGAAAGUCUCGCCGCCAUUGGCUACCAAAUCGACAUACCUAAGGCUAACGCCGUGUUCAGGGCCCAGGUCGAUUCCUCGUUCACCGUCGGUGCCGUUUUAGAAAAAAAGCUUUUUCCUCUACCUUUCACGCUCGCUCUCAGUGGCAUGAUUAAUCACUCGAAAAAUGUGUCCAGAUUCGGCAUUGGCUUGAUUAUUGGUUAG